UAGGAAGUGCUGAGCAGUGAACGCGUAUGGGAGCUACACAUGGCUACUAAAGCGGUGUGGGAGUACAGGGGGAACCCUGAGCAGCCGGCAUUGCUCGUUGAGUUUUCCAAUGGAAGAAUUAUUACUCCCGAAGAUGUACAUUUUACUUUAUAUAGGAAUAAAGACGAUCAAACCCCGGAGAAGAAAAGGCAAAGAAUUUUGGCGGCAGACACAGACAGACUUAGUUAUGUAGGAAAUAAUUUCUCAUCAGAAACUGCAAAGAGCAACCCCCUGUGCAAGUAUUUUAUCGGGGUUCUGAAUAAAGAAACUGGAAAGAUGGAGGUGUAUGAUGCUGAGCCUAUCCAGAUGCGCCCAGUACUGGAAACUGACAAUAACCUGCAAAGUGAAGAUGUGACAGACCUGUCAACAAGAACCUACAGAGAAAAGAUGGAUGCUCUCAUAGAAGCUUUUGGUACCAAUAGACAGAAACGUGCUUUAAGUUCUCGAAAGCUAAACCAAGUUGGAAGCGAAAUACUAAAUAAAGCAAUGGUGAAAGCAGCAGAAGACAUCAUAGUGAACAAAGGAAGAACAGAGCUAGUGAAAGAAGCAACAGAAAUAAAUAAAGAAGAGUUCUCUUCUGCCUUUUUGCCUCCAUGUGAUAGUAGCGCAGAUAAACCAGAUGAUGUCUACAAAUUUGAUGACCUUAUCUCUCCUUUGGAAUAUGAAGCUUUGGAAAGUGUCGCUGCUCCUUUUAAGAACAUCACAUCUGAGGAACUCCAACAGAUGACAGAGAAAACAGAGCAUACCUUCUUUGUCCUACAAGAGCUCCAACAACUUAAGCUAGCGAAGGACACGGACCGUCAGGCUCGUGUUUUGUGGUACUUGGACAAUCUGAUCAAAUUCAGCCAUCUUAAAGUCGUGAAACGGAAAGAUCUUAUUACCAAAGGAUGUCCAAGUAUUAUAUGUGGAAAUGUAAUGAGAAACUUUAGUGUAAUAGUCUAUAAAAAUGGCAGGAUUCAGAAUUCUGUAUCUGGGACAAUGAAAUCUAAAAUUGUGGCCUAUGUCAUAGCCUUGGCAUUGCACAUCUCAGAUUUUCAGGUGGAUCUGACACUUUUACAGAGAGACUUGAAGCUAACAGAAAACAGGAUGGUUGAAAUUGCUAAAGCCAUGGGGCUGAAGAUCAGUAAAAGAAAUAUGUUCUCCGAUGUGUCUUUCGAGGAAAGUCACAAGAUUGCCAUACUGGAGCUCCCACUAAUCGUUUACAAACCAGCAGGGGGAAUGAAGAAAAAGAGGAGGAUGUAGAGAAACUGGGCCAGCCAAUGA